CGAGGAGGUGCAUACAUCUGUGUUUGACAAUAUGUGUGUAUGUGAGCAUUCUACAAUCUCAUGUAAGUUGCGAUUGUGGAUCGUGUAGAUGGCAUCCCUUCCACAGAUGGAUUCCGGAGGUGGAGAAACAACGUAUGUUGCUACCGAAGAUCUUGUUCGUGGCAUGGCAGACAUUGGGGAAGGAGAGACAGAAAGAGGGCACUGUGAAACACACAACGAAGAGGUGUUUCAUGCUCACAACAAGGAGGAUGACGAUAUGGAUGGAGGUCGGCGUGGUCAUGGCAAAAAACCAACGAGGGAGGAUCAUGUUAAUAAUGAAGGGGAAUGCGAGUGUCAUGUCGACGACAAAUGUCUAACAUUGACUGAGGAUGGUCAGUUUUUUGCGUACGUUGUGAGGUGGGAACCUAAUGUUGUCCAACCGGGAUUGUUUCGCGGGAAACAUUGCUUUGCUGUGAAUUGCAAUUACACAUGGAUCCCUGUGGAGGCACCACAUCCUCAGCCGGGAUAUUGGCAAGGGAAGUUGUCGAUGGCAGCAAAAGCUCCUUCAGGCCACUGGCUGUGUUUGGGGUUCAUGAAGAAGGGACUUGUAUCUCAUUGGCAAUUCAUGGUUGUGCUUGUCAGGGUAUCGUUGUGGAAUCCUGACAUACUGGAUAAGAAGGUAUUGCACGAUCAUGCACAACAGAUAUGGCGGUCUAUCGACGAGGAUGACAGACAGAUGAUCGUUUGUGGAUAUGAUUCUACAGCAAAGAGAGGAAUGUGGCUUGUCGGCGCGGGUGAUGAUGGUGAGGAUGACAGUGACAAGGAUGUCACAUUUCAAUUUUUGGAUGAUCUGCAUGAGCAUUUUCAUUCUUUAGCUCUUCUGGGAGGGGUGCCGGUCAUUUGGAAAGAGGAACAUAUGGAUAACAGUCCUGUGCAUGUUACUUUUAAGGAUCCAUUGGGAGUUCCUUUCGACCUGGUUUAUGAAGGGGGUUUAUUGCGUCAUUGCAUGUUGAGUGGAGGCGAGGCAAGAGACCAUGCAGUUUCUGCAGAGCAAGAGGACGCAGAGCAGGAAGUUGGUGAGUUGCCUGUCAUUGUUGCUGAUGGAAUUGAGUACUUCCUUCUGGAUCAAAUUAUGGAUUUGACCAGGAGAAGUAAAUGCGAUAGAAAUGUCAUUCACUGCAUCCUCCAUCCUGUGAUCACAGAUGUGCUUCCAGGAGGGGAAACAGUGACAUACUCCUUAGCUCCUCCUUCUGUGUUCAAUGCAAUGUCAACCUUAGUUCAAGAUUGUGUAAUCGAGUGCGCAACACAAGCCAUAUGUGCAGCUCCUACAGAGGUUGAUAGGCAGCGCAAGCGACAGCAGGGUUGGCAUCUCGUCGCUGCAGAGUGUAAGAAGAGUUGUGUAGAGGAGGAGGAGGACAGUAGUGAUCGUAAUCAUCAACAAACCAAACUUGCUGUGGCCAUGUUCAGAGGGGAUAGCGGUUCAGAGAAAGUAGUAAAGCACGAUGUGAAAGCAGAGGAUUUAAUCGUGCAGUGGACGCUCGAGAACUCGUCUCAUUCCGCUGGCCAGGAAGAGAAUCCUACCCCCAGCAAAGCCGUGGAGAGAAAAUUUGAGAGGUCAUUUGUUUAUGAUGGUGACAACAGAGAAAACCCUGUUAUCAUGUCGCAACAUUUUCGCACAUUUGAUGGCAGAGGGCAGGGUGAGGGAGAGGAGGCAUUUGAUGCACAAGUGGACACAGAAAGUUUCGACAUCUUCAACGAGAAACUUGUUGCAGAUGCAUACAUCGUCGAGGACUUCUGCAAGAUUCCGGAGGCAAAGGACAGCAUUGAAGCAGAAUGGUGUCAUGCCGUGCUGAGGUUGGCAAGACACUACAGUGAGCCGCAUCCCGCUUUACGUAUCGUUGAUGGAUCGGCGUCCCCCGAUGGAAAGUUAAUGCAGUUAGCAGUCUCAACACUCAUGAGAACAUGUCAGACAGGGAAGGAUUUUUUUUGUGGUGAGAAGUCAUGGUUUGUGCUGGUAAAUAAGAGGCUGUUAUGUGUACAUACGAAGGAUGGGGCGAUAACCUGGGUUGUGUAGUUGCAAGAGCAGUUGCUCGUACUGAUGGUCAUGAUGUCCACCCUGGUUUGUCAAAUGCUACAGUUAUAUUGUCUACUAUCUUCAGAAAUCUAGGGCCCGGUGCAGGGUAGUUGAUCAUUUUGUCCUUAACAAGGAUUACAAAGAUCACGCAUAAUAAAUUAGUAUAAAUUUU